AUGCCAAGAUUCAGAGUCCGCGUCAACGACACCGACCCCAUCUUCUUCUACUGCGGCGCCCCAGGCUCAUGCUACAAGGAGAAGAUGAUCGGCGUCAUAAACGAGAACUCAACCCAAACCCUCGACAAGCAACUCGAAGCAGCGCUCCCCCUGACAACCCAGAUCCUCCCCGGCGAGCCCUUCCCAACCGAGUCCGACGCCUCCCGCAACGACCACCACCACCUCAGCGGCGGCGCCAUCGCCGGCAUCGUCAUCGGCUGCGCCGCCUUCCUCAUCUUCGGCGGCCUCCUCGUCUACCUCUGCGGGCGCCGCGGCGGCCUCAAGCGCGCCUACCGGCAGCCCCCGCAGUCAGGCCAGGCAGGAGAGGUAGAGGCCUCGCACCCGCCCGUGACGGAGGUCAACUACAGCGCGCAGCCCAAGAGCCCCGCGACGCAAGGGUGGCGGAACAGCCAUUACAGCGAGCUCAGCGGGACGUACCGCGACCAGCCUACGCCCAUCGGCGGGUUCCCCGGCGCCAGUCCCCCGAUGAGCCCCCAGCCGCACUCCAUGCAGGCCUACUAG